ACUGAUGUCGCUGUUCCAACCCUAAUUUUUCUCCCUUUCUGAUUUCAUCUCUCUCCCCUUGCGCCGAUCAGUCGGUUUGUAAAAAUUUCCUCUCUUUCCCAUCGAUGUCGCUGCUUGGGCGUUGACCCUUUCAGCUUUCGAUUUCUUUGGGUGCCUCGUAGCCGUCUGCUCUCUCUUCUCUCUUCUCUCUUCGCCUCUGUUGGUCUCAAAGUGGACAGUUUUGUGAGAUGGGAUUUUUUGGGGAGAAACUUUAAUCCGUGAGUUUUUUAGUUAGGUUGUGUUGUGGGUCUUGACAAAUUUCUAACAAAAGCUUCUUGACGAUGAAAUGAUCUAACCAGAGGAGGGGGAGAAAGUGGGAGGGGGGAGAGAGAGAGAGAGAGAGAGCUCUGUGUAGAAGAGUGUCGAAACGGCGAGAUCUGCAAUUGGAAAGAAGGCGACGGCGGUGGAUUCUAUUGUGCUAGGUAGUCCUCUUUUAUUGACGGCUAAAAAUUACAGAAGUCAAAGAGAUGGCAGGUUUAUUCGACAAGCAGGCAGAGCUUUACUCGGUAGCAAGGCCAACUUAUCCCAAGGAAUGGUUUUCCAUGCUGGCCGCUCUCACACCAAAUCACUCCUUAGCUUGGGAUGUCGGCACUGGCAAUGGCCAAGCUGCUUUCUCUCUUGGAGAGCAUUAUGAGCAAGUAAUAGGAAGUGAUAUAAGUGAGUCCCAAUUGAAGCUGGCACUCCAACAUCCUCGAGUUCGUUACGUUCACACCCCGAUGACCAUGUCCGAAGACGAUUUGGUUGAGUUAAUUGGGGGUGAAAACUCAGUUGAUUUGGUGACUGUGGCAGAGGCUGUGCACUGGUUCGACCUCCCAAGGUUCUACUCAGUCGUCAAGCGCGUUUUGCGUAAGCCAGGAGGCGUAAUUGCAGUUUGGGGCUACAAUGGUAGCGUAACAGACCCCGAACUUGACGAUUUAUUGAAGCAUUUUCAUGAAGCAAGCAAACCGUUUAGGGACCCGAAGACGGAGUACUUGUGGGAAGGGUAUAGGACACUUCCAUUUCCAUUUGAAAGUGUUGGUUUGGGUUCUGCAGGUCAGCCUGUGCCACUGGAAAUGGCAAAGGAGAUGUCAUUUGAAGGGGUGAUGAGGAUGAUCAGGUCCUCGACUGCAUUCAUUACAGCUAAAGAUCAAGGUGUGGAUUUGUUAUCACAAGAGGUGAUUGAAGAGCUUCAAAGAGCUUGGGGUGGCCCUAACUUGGUCAGAAAAGUUACUUCCAAGGCAUUUAUGCUUGCCGGAAAAGUGUAGGCUGUAAUGUUUUAAUCCGACAUAUAUUUCAAACCACUCUAGUAUCUACAUUUUAACAUUGAUGCAAAGGGACGGAAAAAGUCUUAAUAAGUUGGACUAAUCCACGUCUUGUUAGAUUGGGAAUGAGUCAAAUGCAUGAUAUACUUCAUUCGCAUCAUGUCAACAUAUUGGUUUUGGGUAAUUCUCAUUUUACUACCAUGUAGUAUUGUGGUUUUCAAGCUUUUA